AAUUCUGUGUACCCAGGUCAACUGUGGCAAAUGUACCUGGGUAUUUAUAUGUCUUUUUUCUCCCCUUGAACAGGGGACAAGGUACCACUCCUCUUGCCAUGCAGAAAGCUCAGCAGAUUGCUCAAGGGCUGGACUUACUAACCGCGAGAGUGGAAAACGCAGCUCGCAAGCUGGAGGCCAUGACCAACUCUAAGCAGGCCAUAGCCAAGAAGAUUGAUGCUGCUCAGAGCUGGCUGGCAGAUCCUAACGGGGGCAGCGAAGGAGAAGAGCACAUCCGGGGCAUCAUGGCGGAAGCCAGGAAAAUCGCAGAACUCUGUGAAGACCCCAAAGAGAGAGAUGACAUUUUGCGGUCCUUGGGCGAGAUUUCUGCUUUGACAGCUAAAUUGUCUGACCUUCGGAAACA